GAUUAGAAAUAUUAAUAGUGAAACUGGAACUAUUAAAGGUAGAACUUUCGCUGGAUUGGUUAUAUCAAAGAUUCCUCAGAAAAAGGUCGAGGUUAAAGCACAAGACUCUACUUCUAUAUCUGAAGAGGAUGAUAAUUCGUUUACUUCUGAGGAUUAUGGUGACCCAGAUUACAUACAAAAUCAAAAAAUUGCAGAGAUUGAUUGUACCUUUGCAAAUUCUAUAAUGCGAUUUUCAGAUCAAUCUGAGACGAGUUUUAAAGAUAAUAUUUUUCUAAAUGAGAAUGAACCUUAUGAUCAGUUAAAACAUUAUGAUGCUGAAUGGGCCAAAAUCGUGAUGAGAAAUCUUACGUAUUAUGAAGACCCUAAUAAAAUACUGCAAAAGCAAUAUCUCGAAGCCUGUCUCAAUGAUAUGAUUGAAAUAGAAACCGUAAGAAAAAAAUCAUCAAGUAUAGCAGUAGCUACGAGAAAAAACAGAAAGAGAGUAUAUAUGCGUCACAAAAAGCCAGAAUGUAGAAGAAUGGGUUAUCGAAUAGAUAGAAUAUUUUGGAUGUACAUUGGUGACGUUGAGUAUGGAGUAAUUGAAGUGGGCAAAAAGUUUGAUGAAACAAAACUAUUGAAUGACAGGUUUAAACUGGUGAAGACUAUGCACGAUAUCUUCAUAUAUCUAAGUAAAGAAGCCCAUUUCGAAGAAACAAAA